AAACUGGCCGCACACUGGCACACUCCUGAGAGGAAAAGAUUAAUGUUCAGACUCCUUAGAUAACACUCAUUAAGACCCCAGACAAGUGCUGAAAUCUGCUAGGUCGGCUUCUCGAAAAUGAGGAUGGAUUUAUUUCCAUGGUGGCAGAUUUGGAUCUGGCCAGCACUUUUUACUGGGCUACUCGCUUCUAAUAACACGACUACAGCCUACAGCACUGAACCUUCGUCCCGCGAGGCCGCCGGUACUAACCGUGUUAGUGACGAUGAGAAUCAGUCUCCUACUCCAUCUUGGAGAGAAAUAGCAAGGAACAAAUCAAGACUUGUCAAAGAUCUUCUCACGGAUUACGACAAGAGGAUCCGACCUUUUACAGGAGUUUCGCCUCUAGAAGUUCGUGUGGACAUGUUCAUAUCAAAUAUAUGGGCAAUAGAAGAAGCAAGAAUGGAUUUCACGAUAGAUAUGUAUUUACGUCAAUACUGGACGGACCCUCGACUAAGAUUCUACGCUCCAUUGGCCAACAAAGAAGCGCUUACAUUAAACAGACAAACCAUUGAUGAAAUUUGGAUUCCCAGUACUUACUUCUUCAACGCUAAGAAGGCUUAUUUUCACGAUGUGACGACUGAAAACUACCUUCUUAUGAUUCAACCAAAUGGUGAUGUGUUCUACAGUGUAAGAUUAACUAUAACAAUGGCAUGUAAGCUGACUCUUCAACAGUUCCCACAUGACGUUCAAAAAUGCGAGAUGAUAGUCGAAUCAUAUGGUUACCAAGCAACGGACGUAUUUUACAGAUGGAACUCGAGGAAUACAACCAAUGAUGUGGUUUACAUUGCGGAAGACUUAGAGAUGCCUCAGUUUAAGAUAACAAACAUUGAGUUAGAAGAAAGGACAAAUAUCUAUAACAUAGGUCCCCAUUCAGCACUUGCUGCCAAGUUCACAUUUCACCGUCGCCUUGGUUACUACAUGAUUCAGACUUACAUUCCCUCGAUGCUAACAGUCAUCAUAUCAUGGUUCUCUUUCUGGAUUUCACCCGACUCACCACCAGCCCGCGUAGGCCUUGGUAUCACCACCGUUCUUACGAUGAUAACCAUAUCAAACAGCGCACGCGCGCCUUUGCCAAAGGUUUCUUACACUAAAGCGAUCGAUUGGUUCCUGCUGAUGUGUCUUGUGUACGUGUUUGGAGCUCUCAUGGAGUAUGCUAUCGUGAAUUUCCACGCUUGUAAAGUAAGGAAAAAGAAACAAGAAAGGAUAAAUAGUUUAUCAAAAAGAAUGAGACGUGAAUUUAUGAACUUUAAUCAUGAUGACGAAUUAAAUCCCUGUCUAAACGAAGAAGAAAUAACAAAUAUUCAAGAAGAAGACCAAGAACAAGCCAAGAAAAUUACUAAUAACAGUGAACAAGCAAUUUCCUUUAAACCACUCACUGGUAUUGUCAUAGAUAGAAAGAAUCCGUUUGUUUUGAGGACAGAAACUUAUAAAAGAAGCGGAAAAACUAAGACACCUGAAAUUAGCGAACUGAGAAGUAGUACAAGCACUAGUCAAGAUGAAACCACUGGUCCUCUUUCAAAGCCCUACUACUUCUGGGAUCCUGAUCAAAAAUCAUUCAUAACUUCAGAACGUGCCUAUAUCGUAGACCGUUUUGCUCGAAUAUCUUUCCCUGUUACCUUUGCUGUGUUAAUUUCAAUAUACUGGAUUGUAUACGCACCGGACAGGAUUAUAUUUUAAAACAAUUUGGAAACGAGUGCAUCAAGCUAUGAAUUUUGCACAGCUGAUUUGUACUCGGUUUUGAAGGCGGAACCAAUUACUUUUAACACAAAUUGCUGAGCUAUGAACUGUAAAAAAUGAAUGAAGGAUGUAACUUUAGACCUCUGCCCAACGACGGAUGAGGGCUGG